AUGAUUUCGAUACAAACGGCAAAAUGCGGCUUCAUCCAUGUUUAUGUGCAAGGAAAUCUGGAUGAUCGUAAUGGGAAAACAAUCAUCAUGACUGUACAUGAUGUUGGCACGAACUAUGAUUCCAUACUUUGUUCAGCCGUCCUUUUACUGCAGCGCAACAGCUUGACGUUGUUCAUUUCAAAUAACGUCGAUUUUCCAAAGUAUUGCUUAAUUAUAGCGAAUGUCUUUAGUUACUGUAGCAAAUAUCUGUUUUGUCAGCAAUUUGCAUUUUUUUGUUUUGCAGACAAAAGUUUCGUACGAUUUUGUAACCAUCCAUCGAUGGCUGAUGUCAAGGCGAAAUCAAUUUUUUUACAUGUUUGCAUUCCCGGCCAGGAAGACAACGCACCUGAUUUUGUUGGCGAGUUACGAAUGUCUUUAGAUACUGUAGCAAAUAUCUGUUUUGUCAGCAAUUUACAUUUUUUUUGUUUUGCAGACAAAAGUUUCGUACGAUUUUGUAACCAUCCAUCGAUGGCUGAUGUCAAGGCGAAAUCAAUUUUUUUACAUGUUUGCAUUCCCGGCCAGGAAGACAACGCACCUGAUUUUGUUGGCGACUUUCCAACUCUGGAUCAGCUUGGGGAGAGCAUGGUUUGCGUCCUAGAUAAGCUGGAAGUGAAAACAUGCAUUGCUUUUGGCGAAGGCGCUGGCGCAAAUAUCAUCUGCCGGUUUGCUAUGUCGUCGCCUAAUCGCAUAAUGGGGAUUUGCCUGGUACACUGUACUUCCACAACAGCUGGGAUUAUCGAGUACUGCAAGGAUAAACUUAUCAAUAUGCGGCUUGAAUCGGGUGUCAUGUCGCAAGGUGCAUGGGAUUAUCUCGCAAUGCACAAAUUCGGAUCUACUGAUAAACGAGAAAAGCAAGCCUACAUUGAAGAGCUGAAGAGCUGUCUGAAUCCGAAAAAUCUUAGCAAGUAUUUAUUUAGUUUUUCGAAGAGAAGUGACAUAUCAUCGCUCAUCGGCACUAAACUCGAUAACGUGGAUGCAUUACUUGUUACUGGAGCACGAGCAUCACACCUGCACACCGUUUACACCACACAUAAGUCAAUGAACAAACGAAAGACAACACUUUUGGUUGUGGACAAUGUCAGCGACGUUAUGGCUGAGGCGCCGGAAAAACUUGCACGCUCUUUGAUUUUGUUGUGUAAAGGGUGCGGUGUGCUGUCAGGUGUGGCUAUUCCCGGAAUGGAACGACAACGUACAUUGAGCAGGUUUGCUAUCAUUUACAUAUCGUCUUGGAGGAAGAACCACAAAUAUCACUCAAUGGAAGAAGCGGAUCGUCCGCGACGUUUUUCGCUCACACAACCAACUGCGCCUGUAUUUCAGUGA